AUGGAAGCACUGAGACUUCGUAGACCCUCACACCGGGGAUACCGAACGCUCCCAUCAAGUUACCCAGGUUCAUCUCAGCAAAAGCAGAGGAAUAUACUGUGGAAGGUCUUGAAACAAGUAGCUCUGAGCGUUAAGAAAUCCGUAGGACACAGGAAGGAAAGCAAUUCAGAAAAGCUUCAGGAGUCUCUCUUGGAUGAUAGUAGUAAUUGGCUUCACGAUGGCCAAAUACCAGCUGAUCAAGGAAUUCAAAAGGAUCCCAGUUACCAUAUACGUCAUCAGAAUUCAAUGAGAAUGAAAAUAUAUGUGAAAAUUCCAUCAAAUCAGAAGACCAUUGUAUUUGAAGCAAAAGGGUACUAUACCAUCAAUGACAUCAAAUCCAUGUUUCAGUUGAAGGAGGGAAUUCAAUCAGACCAGUACACUUUAGUUUAUGGUGGGAAACUACUUCAAGAUUAUCGGACAUUGGCCUUGCUUGAUAUACGGACAGAAUCAACCCUUUAUAUGAUUUUUAAUCCAAGAGAUGUUAUGCCAAUUUUUGUGAAAACACCAAAUGGAAAGAUUGUCAAGGUUGAAGUUAAGGUCUUGUACACUCUCCGGGAUGUCAAAGCAAUUGUUGAGAGCUUUAUAGGAUGUCCUGUUGCUGAUUGUAGAAUGAUUUAUGCAGGAAAUGAGCUGCAGGAUUGCAAGACUUUGGCUUUCUACAACAUUGAAGAAAAUUCCACUUUAGAGGUGCUGCCUUCUUGGAUUCAGAUAUUUAUUAAGACAUGGAAUGGGAAAACCAUUACGCUUGAUGUGGCACGGUCGAAUACUGUCAGAGAGGUGAAGGACAAGAUAUUUUGUAAGGUUAGAGUGCCAGUUCAUUUUCAGAGUAUUGUAUUUUCCGGAAAACGCCUUGAAGAUAAAUGGUGUCUUGCAAGAUACAACAUCGAGAAAGACUCCACUCUCCACAUGGUUUUGGCUUGGUGA